GUCCAAUCACAGCUGAUCACUGAUGAUCAGUGCCCUGAUGAUCAGUGUAUCUCCAUCAGUGCCACCUCUCUGUGCCCACAUACCAGUGCCCAUCAGUGCACAUCAAUGCCACAUAUCAGAGCUGCCUUUCAGUGCCACCUAUCAGUGUCAGUUAGUGCCGCCUAUCAGUGCCAGUCAGUGCUGCCUAUCAUUGCCCUUCAGUGCCACCUAUCAGUGCCAUAUAUGAGUGCUGCCUUUCAGUGCCCAUCAGUGAUGCCUGUCAAUGCCCAUCAGUGCCACCUACCAGUGCCUCCUCAUCAGUGCUGCCUAUCAGUGCCCAUCACUGCAGCCUCCUUAGAGAACAUCAGUGAAGGAGAAAAAUGACUUAUCUACAAAAUUUUCUA